AUGGAAUGGAGGUCCAUCUCCAAGUUUGCGCGGAAGCAGCCACCGGGUGAGGACGUGAGGAUCAAUGAUAGAAUAUUCGCCCCUGAGCUGCGAGUCGUCUUGCCUGACGGCACCCACAAGAUAAUGAGGCGAGUUGAAGCAUUGAAAUUGGCUAGGUUCGAACAGCUGGACCUUGUGGAGGUCGUGCCGGAUGUGGCCCCUCCAGUUGCCAAGCUGAUGGACUUCGCCAAGCAUGUGCACGCCCAGAGGCUUGGCGAGAAGCAGAUCGAGAAGAAGAUUCGGUUACGCGCAAAACUAGAUUCACCAAAGGAGCUGCGGCUAAGCCCAAAGAUAGCAGACCACGACCUGGAGCAGAAGAUACAGAGGAUGCGGGACUUCCUGCAAAAGGGCCAGAAGGUGUCCGUCGUCGUCAGAUUCAAAGGGGCCGCAGAGGAGCGCAUGGCAGAGGAGGCCCUGAAUUUUGUCGUUGCAACGGUCAGCACGGAGUUUAAGGUGACCAGCGAGACUCUUCCCUCCACGGGGAGGACAAAGUCUGUCCUGUUGAGCCCGUCUCCGACUGCGGACGUGGGCGGGCGAACCACGGAGCAGCCAGUCAAGCAACCGGUUGGGACCACUGCUGUGCAGUAG